GACAAGUCAGACUCCCAUCAACCCUUGCGUGUAUAUGUACGGUACUUGCUAUCUGCUUCCCGCUAGCUCUCCACUGUGACAUUAAAGUUGUUAAAAAUGUUGGGAAGACGUUGAACCUGGUUUCUCCCGUGCGGCAGCGGGCUGCUUUCCGCGCUGCUGCUGAAUUUAGGUCACACGCCGGCUGACAACGCGUCGCUGGAUUUGCUUACAAGCGAGUCUCACUUCCUUUCUUUUGCGGGACAGGUCCCAGUGCAAGGAAGGAGAGACCAUGCGUCCUCGUUAUGUUGUGCUGAAGAUCAGAUUGUUGUGAGCUGUGACUGACAGUAGCGGCUGACCAAGGCUGGGUUCGGGAUGGGGGUUUUGGACGGAGCUGCAGCCACCUGCAUCCUAAUGUUGUGUUUCGGCUCUUUGCACGUGAUCUCCCUUAAAUCACAACUUUUCACCAGGCUCGGCGGGUCCCCCUACUCCACCGAGAGCCCCAUCAGCUAUGAAACCAAGUAUUUUGACCAGAAGAUUGAUCACUUUGGAUUCUUAGAGGAAGGCACCUUCAAGCAGAGAUACCUUGUGGCAGACAAACACUGGAAGCAGCCUGGAGGACCUGUUUUGUUCUACACGGGCAAUGAAGGCGACAUCACCUGGUUCUGCAACAACACUGGCUUCAUGUGGGAAAUUGCAGAGGAGUUGGGCGCCAUGCUGGUUUUUGCAGAACAUCGUUACUAUGGAGAGUCUCUGCCAUUUGGACAAGACUCUUACAGCGACAGCAAACACCUGAACUACCUGACCUCAGAGCAGGCCCUGGCAGAUUUCGCCGUGUUGAUUCAGAACCUGAAGCGCACUUUACCUGGAGCUCAGCACAGCCCUGUGAUCGCUGUCGGGGGUUCCUAUGGAGGGAUGCUCUCUGCCUGGUUCAGGAUGAAAUACCCCAAUAUAGUCGUUGGAGCUCUGGCAGCGUCCGCGCCGAUAUGGCAGUUCCCUGGUAUGGUGCCAUGUGGAGACUUCUACAAAGUAGUUACACAGGACUUUGCCAAAAGCGGGUAUAACUGCGAUGCAAGCAUCAGAAAGUCGUGGAAGGCUAUUAAUAAUGUCUCUUCCACUGCGGCUGGACUUCAGUGGCUCUCAGAUGAAUUCAGUUUAUGCAGCCCUCUUAAAAACACGAUUGAUGCCGUCAACUUCAAGAACUGGUUACAGGAGACUUGGGUGAAUCUAGCUAUGGUGGACUACCCCUAUGAAGCUGACUUUCUUCAGCCUCUUCCUCGCUGGCCCAUCCAGGUGGUGUGCAAGUAUCUGGCUUUCGAUUCCACUGUGUCUGACCAGCAGCUGCUGCACGGUGUCUCUCAAGCAGCGAAGGUCUACUACAACUACACCGGAAGCUCCUCCUGCCUCAACACAUCUCAGACAGCAACAGGCAGCCUCGGCUUCCUCGGCUGGUUUUACCAGGCCUGCACCGAGAUGGUGAUGCCCAUGUGCACGGAUGGCGUCCAGGACAUGUUUGAACCCGAGGAGUGGAACUUCCAGGCCUUCUCUGAUGAGUGUAACGCCAUGUUUGGUGUCAGGCCACGAGCGGACUGGGCAGGAACAGUCUAUGGGGGCAUGGACAUCGCCUCUCACAGCAACAUCAUCUUUAGUAACGGAGGAUUGGACCCGUGGUCAGCCGGUGGAGUGACCCACAACAUAACAGAUUCUCUGGUUUCCAUUAUGAUCCCGGACGGAGCCCAUCACUUGGACCUUCGCAACAGCAAUGACCUUGACCCGCCCUCAGUCCGCGCAGCCCGGGCGUUAGAGCUGAAGUAUUUUCGGGAGUGGAUCAAGCAGGCUAAAAGGAAAAGUCAAACUUCAUCAACCCUCUGAAAGCAACAGGAAGUCCCAGACGUCCAUGAUGUUUGCUGAGCUUUAACUUCCAUGUUUUUUCACACGGUGCACUCUCAUUGUACCAAAGCUUGUCCCUUUUUAAUCAGUGUUGGAGACCUUUUUCACAUAAAAUUCAGCUUUUUUUUAUUGCUUUUGAUUUUAAUAAUUGUCAAUAAUCACUUGAGGAUGUUUUUAUAAUAAUCAUGUAGCCACGUUUGGUGCUGUACAAACUACAGUUUUCUCUGACCCAAUUAAAAACACUCCCUUUCUUUAUGCCAAACUAUAAAUUUCAAAGGGCUUGGAGACGGAAAGGUACUGUAUCAUGAACAAAGAGCUUUUGACAACAAUGCUGUAAUGUAAAUGUCUUUGUCUGUUUCUUCAUAUAAUCACAUCAUCAUCAAAAGACUGAAUCCAUUGGAGGCAUCUCUGCAUCUCUGUCUCCAAGCUUGUGUUUGCUUGUUUUCAGCCAAUCAGGGAUACGUUCAGUUAUUCAUAUCUUCAAACUUCAUUUUUGUCAUUUAUUUUUACCAUCACAAAUUGACACUCUUUAAGUUGUUUGCUGUCUGCCUUGUUGAUGAGCCUCAGGAUUAAACAUUUGGCACAGGACAUGAAGAAAACCCAGUCUUUUUGAAAAUGUCCAUUUCACUGAGUGUAAUAUUAAAACUGAUUUAUUAUUAUCA